AUGGCAAGCGUACUUUUUAGAAAAUCCAAAUCCGAAAAUAAAACUGAGUUCAAAGAAUCUGUUAAUGAAAAUGAUGAAUUCUUGGCAGAACAGAAGAUAACCGUACUUCAAUCACAUGGUUACACAUUGGGAAAAAUAAUUGGUUCCGGAUCGUAUGCCACCGUUAAGGUUGCAAAGUCAGAGAAACAUGAUUCGUUAGUUGCUGUUAAAAUCAUAUCAAAGUUUCAAGCUCCUGGAGAUUAUUUAAAGAAAUUUUUACCCCGUGAAAUUGAAGUUAUUCGAGGCUUAAAGCAUUUGAAUUUAAUUCGAUUUCUGCAGGCAAUUGAAACUACUCAUCGGGUGUAUAUUAUCAUGGAAUAUGCCCAAAACGGUAGUUUGCUCGAUAUCAUAAGACGCGAUAAGCAGAUUGACGAAAUACGGAGUCGCCAAUGGUUUAACGAAUUAGUGGAGGCAGUUUAUUAUUGCCAUAACCGCGGAGUUGUUCACAGAGACAUCAAGUGCGAAAACCUUUUAAUGACUCAAAACUAUGUCAUGAAAUUGUCAGAUUUUGGAUUUGCUCGAGGUCAAAUGAAAUCUAAAAGCGGAGUGCCUUUAUUAAGCGAAACAUUUUGUGGAAGUUAUGCUUACGCUUCACCAGAGAUACUUAAAGCAAUUCCAUAUCAACCUCAAUUAUCCGACGUCUGGUCAAUGGGAGUUGUACUUUUUGCUAUGGUCUUUGGCCGAUUACCGUUUGACGAUACAAAUUUCAAUCAACUUUUAAAGCAGGUACAAAAGAAGGUAAAUUUUCCCAAAGAACCUGCAGUUACAGAAGCUUGUCGACUUUUAAUUUCGCGCUUAUUAGUUCCUCAACGUACUCGCUUGACUGUUGAAGACAUACGUUCAGAUACAUGGUUGACAUUGUAAUGGUUGUACGCAGAAAGACACGAUAUUUGUAAAAAUAAAAUAAGAUGAAAAAAGAAAUCUGCUUUAUAAGGAUUUAAUCCAAGGUGGAAUUACAUUUUCAAUUUUUUCAAUUCGAAAUAAACGACCAUGAUUUUGACUAAUCAGGUGUCUUUAUAAAAUAAUAACAAUUAUGAAAAUCAUAACUUCUUAAAAAAUUUAUCCGCCAUUUUGCAUUAUGGUAAACUGACUUCAAAUUCGUAAUCAGCGACCUCAAAAACCCUCUAUAACUAACUUCUAUAAAAAACCGUUAACUUUUAAAAAAAUUGAUCCGCCAUUUUGAAUUUUUGAAAACUGACCUCAAAAACAUGUGAUUACCAAAUUUUAUAUAAAUCGAAGAAUAUUUUUGCUUUCGGCAUGUUUUCACGAUUCUGCCCCACUUGUGGCGUCUAUGCUAAUAUAAAAACUGUUUUUUGUACAUUAAUAUAAAUUAAUGUACUGUCACGUCUUCGUGACUAUAUCUAAAUUUUAUAUGUAAAAGAAUGUAUGUACCUAUAGAUAUUUAUAAAAGGGGGAAGAUUAUUUUUCUACCUAUUUCACCCUCGACUUAAGAAAAUAUAUGCUUGACAUUUAAUACCAUUGGUGAAAAUUAUGACACGUGCAAGACACCCUUUAGAAAGGGGUGAUAUAUCUUCAAUUAGAAAUUUUUUUUCACUUUUCUGUAUCUUUUACAAAGAGCAGGAUCAAAAGAGACUAAACAUACACGA